GAGUUUCCUGCCCGACUCUCUUUUGCGGUUGCACUGCCCAGGUGGGGGUGAAAGGCCGGCAAGAUGGCGCUGGCCAUUCAGCUGCCUCGCUUCCUUAUCGCCCGGCUGCUGACUGGCAGAGCUGCCCGCUCGGCCCGGUUCGGACCCGCAGAGGCGUUGGCACCCUUCCCUGGCUACUGCUGCUGCUGCCGCCUCAACCUCAGCCUCAGCGCCCCCGGGGCCGGCUGGGCCCGAGCAGCUACGGCCCCUUGCUUCAGCCGCCGCUGCCGCCCCCUCCUCGGCCCUUCCCCACGCCCCGCUGCCGCCGCUGCAGCCGCCUUCGUCCUCCCGGGCCCUGGCCCUUGCCCCCCGCCUCCCGAGAGGAGUUACAGCAGCACGGAGGAAUCGCCUCGGCAGCAGCCGCCACGGCAGCAGACCAGGGUAAUGUAUUUGGGGCUGUUCAACCCCCUUGUCUGGCUCCGCACCCGAGUCUACGCCUUCCUCAUUUGGGCCUAUUUCGACCAGGAGUUCAGCAUCGCCGAGUUCACCGAGGGAGCGAAGCAGGCUUUUGCUCAUGUAUCUAAGCUGCUUUCUCAGUGUAAAUUUGAUCUUCUAGAAGAGCUUGUAACCAAGGAGGUACUCCAAGUGUUGAAGGAAAAAGUUGCUUCACUGCCUGACAACUAUAAGACUGCACUUGCUGCUGAGUUAGAUGAAAUUGUAUAUACUGCAACAGGUGACAUCUCCAUUUACUAUGAUGAUAAAGGAAGGAAAUUUGUUCAUAUCCUGAUGUGUUUUUGGUAUCUAACCAGUGCCAAACUCCCUGAUGAGACAUUAAGCGGAACUAAAAUAUUUCAAGUUCAACUAGGGGAUCAGAAUGUAGAAACUAAACAACUUCUUAGUGCAAACUAUGAAUUUCAGAGAGAGUUUACACAAGGAGUGAAACCUGACUGGACAAUUGCAAGGGUUGAACAUUCGAAAUUAUUAGAAUAAUCAUCUUUCUCUUGGAAAAUCAGCUUUUGGAUUUUUAAGAACUGCUGUGACAAACUAAAAAUAGAACUUUUUGGAUCAUUUGAUCUCCACAUAAUCUAUUCUGUGGAUUAAUUUUGUAUUUGAAAUAUUUACAGUAUCUUGAUGUGACACAAUAAAAUAAUUUGCAGAUCCUCA